AUGUCUGACUAUUAUCUUAUAAAGCUCAGUACAACUUUAUAUUUUAGGAGACCUCGGGUUACCGGAGGCGGCGCAAGAGGUAUCCACGGCACCACUGCUUCACACGCGACUCCACCACGAGCAGACAGCGACCUCUACUACGCCAGCGGGGCCGGGGGCCUGGAGGAGAUGAAGCGGCUCCUGACUACACCGGGAGUCAACAUCAACAAUAGAGGACGGGGGAGCAGUACACCGGUGAUGGAGGCAGCAGUGAGGGGACACAGAGACGUGGUGGAGCUCCUGGUGAGUGAAGGGGCGGAUGUGUCACUGGACGACUUGGAGGGUAACAACAUCCAUCACCACGCCUGUUGGGGAGGAGAUUUAGAGACGGUGAAGUUUGUGCUGUCUCUGAACGUGGUGGACAUCGACGCCAAGAACAACGACGGUGAGACAGCGGCCGACCUGGCGAGAGACUGGGGACAUCAGCCAGGGGUGGAACUGCUCGUGUCCCGCGGCGCACAGUGACGUCGGUGUCGUGUUUGUGUAGACGGUGGAGGGGGACAUGUUGUUUCAGACAGUGACGUGGUGUGCCGUGCACGUCGUCGUGUUAUACUAGUAUAUUCCCGGAUUUGA